AUGGCGCUGAGAAUUUGGGCUUCUUCCACUGCCAGUGCACUCAAAAUCUCUUGUGCCUCCAAAGGUCACCCCUCCAGAUGCUUUUCCACCGUUUUGGAUGGGUUGAAAUACGCCAAUUCACAUGAAUGGGUGAAGCAUGAAGGUUCAAUGGCCACAAUUGGCAUCACUGACCAUGCUCAGGACCAUCUUGGAGAGGUAGUCCUCGUGGAGCUGCCAGAACCUGGUGGUUCAGUUAGCAAAGGCAAAGGCUUUGGAGCUGUGGAAAGUGUCAAAGCAACCAGUGAUGUCAAUUCGCCAAUCUCUGGUGAAAUCGUUGAGGUUAACUCCAAGCUUACUGAAGCUCCUGGCUUGGUCAAUUCAAGCCCAUAUGAAGAAGGAUGGAUGAUCAAGGUGAAACCAAGUAGUCCGUCAGAAUUAGAAUCCUUGAUGGCUCCAAAGGAAUACACCAAAUUCUGCGAGGAAGAAGAUGCUUCCCACUAA